ACCAUUACACCCAACCCAAGUACUGAUGUUUAGUUCACUUCCAAAGUUGAGAGAGAAGCAAACCCUACAGUCGCACAUCUUGAGUUCUUCCUUUUCAAUUCAAGUUCACUUCAUCCGAUUCAAGUUCAGUUCGUCCGAUUCAAGUUUAGUUCGUCCCUACUCAGUUUAAUUUCGAAUCAACUCAUCUUGAUUUGGGUGACUCUCUUUUCGGAUGGAAACUACACCUUCUGCACCGGAUGUGGAGAUGAUUAUCAACAUUCCUCCGACUAUGCCAACGACAUCUCAACAGCAAGGUAUUGGCGCUCCUCAUCGACGCGCUCCUCCUAAAAAGCAAAAAAGAACAACUCCUCUAGUACUUUCUAAAUCUGGGAAUACUGGUAGAGAGACGUCUGAGAUUUGGGAUCAUUUCUCCAAAUUUAUUGCUAAAGAAGAUAAAUGUAGGGCAAAAUGCAAUUAUUGUCCCAAAACCUUUGCUGCCGAAAGCAUCAAUGGGACUACUACGUUAUGGACACACAUAAAUGUGAAAUGUCACAAGUCCCCCUUUAGGUUCGUUGAUAAGAGACAAUCCACAUUAAAACCUACCAAAGAAGGCUGGCUAGCAGGUGCUUUGGGUUCUACUGAAAGGGUGGUGUAUAAUGUGGAUGAGAUUAGGAGGGCCAUUGCCGAAUUUGUAAUUAUUGAUGAGCAACCAUUUAGAGUUGUUGAGGGAGAAGGAUUUAAGAGACUAAUGGCUAAAGCUUUACCAAAUUUUGAAUUACCUUCUCGUGUAACUGUUGCUCGACAUUGUUUGAAGAUUUAUCUAGAAGAGAAAGAAAAGCUUAAAGAGCUUAUCAAGAACCAAUGUGUAUGUCUUACUAGUGAUACAUGGACAUCACUCCAAAAUUUCACUUAUAUGGUUGUCACUGCACAUUGGAUUGAUGAUCAAUGGAAUCUACAAAAGAAAAUUCUAAACUUUUUCCAAACACAAGAUCACAAGGGUGAGACUAUCGCUAAGGGGAUUGAGGAAUGUUUAUUAGGUUGUGGCAUUGAGAACUUGUUUACAGUGACCUUAGAUAAUGCAACUGCUAAUGAUGCUGCCAUUAAGCAUUUGAAGGUGCUUAUUGAUGAUUGAAAAGGGGGAAUACUUGGAAAUGAGUUUUUACAUGUUAGAUGUAAUGCUCAUAUUUUGAACUUGAUUGUAAAAGAUGGGUUAGAUGAACAAAUUGAGCCAAUUUCUCGUAUAAGGAGUGCGGUGAAAUAUGUUAGGUCUUCUGCUUCAAGGUUUGCUUCUUUCAAGUCAUUUGUUGAGAAAGUUAAGAUAGACACUCAUGGUCUUGUGAGUCUUGAUGUUGAAACUAGAUGGAAUUCGACAUAUACAAUGUUAGAUAAAGCUUUGAAAUUUGAAAAAGCUUUUACAAGAAUGUAUUUGGAGGACCAAAAGUACCAAAAAUACUGUCGAGAAAUAAGUACAAUAAGAGGAAAUCCAUCAACAGAUGAUUGUAAGAAUGUGAAAGCUUUUGUCAAGUUUCUUAACAUUUUCUAUCAAACAACAUUGAAAUUUUUAGGCAGUUUGUAUGCUACUUCCAACUCUUUCUUCCAUGAAUUUUUUAAUCUUCGAAAUGAUAUUAUUAAGUAUACUAAAAGUGAUGAUCUUACUUUGGUUGAUAUGGCAAAAAGGAUGAAAAGUAAGCUUGAGAAAUAUUGGGGUAAAUUUGAGAGUAUGAAUAUGCUACUAAUUAUUGCUGUUGUGUUAGAUCCCAGAUACAAGAUGAAGUAUGUGAACUACAUUCUUUCCAUUGCAUAUGGUACUUUGUUGGGAAGAAUAAAGUCUGAAGAUGUGGCGAGUAUUUUGACUCGCUUAUAUAAUCACUACAAUGAUUCUUUCUCUGAGAAUUCUAAUGACAAUAUUGAAGGUGACAUUGGUAUAACGAGUGAACCUGGUGAUUUGUUGCAAUCUCAAUGGGAGAAAUAUAUGGAAGAGGAGGGAAAUAGUGAAAGAAAAUCCGAUCUUGAGAUAUACUUGAUAGAUGAUGUGGUAAAAAUCAAGGAUUUUAAUAUCUUGAGUUGGUGGAAAGCUUCAUCUAGUAAAUAUCCAAUUGUUUCAAAAAUUGCUAGGGAUGUUCUUUCUAUUCCUAUUUCUAUUGUUGCAUCUGAGUCAGUUUUUAGUACAGGUGGUCAAAUUCUUGAUACUUAUCGGAGUUCUUUAUCGCAAAAAACGGUAGAAGCUCUUAUUUGUACUCAACAAUGGAUACGAUUACCUUCUAAAGAAUGCAAGUUUGAAGACCUUUUGGAGGAAGUCCAGAAACUUGAGGAAAUUGAAGAAGAAUAUCCAGACUCAACUUUGAGGAUUGAUUAGCCAGCUCUGUUCCUGAUGUUACAGUUCAUGAUGGAAUAGAUUGUUUGUUAUUAAUAGCUACUAGUUGUACACAGUCUUUUAAUUAACCAAGACUUCUUAAGUUUACUUGAGACAGUUGUGAAUUGUAAUAGUCUAGAUGAUCUUAGAGUAUUACUCCAUCAACUCUAAUGUAGUUAUAGUUUUGCCAUAUUCUGUUUUGUAUCUAAUGCUAUUGGAAGGAGUUGGA